AUGCUUGCGACUUCACGCGCUUCAGAGCUGACGCAAGCGCCAUCGAAACUCUCGUCAUCUCCGUCUUCAGCUUUUCAGUCUACAAGAUCACCAUUGAAAUGCGAAAAGAGUAGUCAGGAUGAAACUGCUACUUGUCGAGUCAAUGGGUUACUUCCGUUUAAGGCACAAUGCAAAUCAGCUGUUGCUUUGGUAAAUGAGCGUCGUAUUGAUUUUGUACGUGCGAAGAAUGUGCGAAUAAUUGGUCAAGUAGAUGGCAAAUUUAAGGAGAAUAGAGUUCAAAAGGAAGAGAAAAGGGAAAUUACCAGUGUCGAAGCGGUUGAAAAGGUGCUUGCAUGGCACCAAUCGCGAAAAAUUGGUCCAGGUUUUGCCAAUUUGGGCAACACGUGCUACCUGAAUUCAGUGUUGCAAUGCUUGACUUAUACUCCUUGUUUUGCGCAAUUGUUGUUGGACAAGGAAAUGUCUACGUCUUUUGGCACUAGUUCGUCUAAAUUUCAUAAAGUUGGACAUCAUGGCACUCAUGGCAAUAACUUUUGCAGUGUGCGUGCCAUGUCGCGAUUGUUGCAAUUGGUACACGGUAAUAAUACGGUACGUGUAUUGCAACCAAAAGAAAUGGUCAUGAAUAUACGACACGUUUCUAAGACUUUUCGCAUUGGUCGACAAGAAGAUUCGCACGAAUUCUUUCGUCUUUUACUUGAUUCUAUGCAGCGUUCGUGUUUGCGUCGCGCGCAAAUUAAAAGUGAAAGUCACGUGGCAGCGAGUACUACAUUUGUGCAUCGUAUUUUUGGUGGAAAAUUAAAAAAUUGUCUUAAAUGUGCCAAAUGUGGUUUUGUGUCGGAACGAUAUGAUGAUUUUUUGGAUUUAUCAUUAGAAGUUGCAUCUGGUGUUAAUUCAAUUAUUGGAGCGUUGCGCCAUUUUACAGCAACUGAAAAACUGGACGAUUACAAUGCAUGGAAAUGUUCGCAAUGUGGUCAACGUAGUCGUGCUGAAAAGGGACUAUCUAUUGCCAAAUGUCCAAAUGUACUGAUGAUUCAGCUCAAGCGCUUUGAUGUCAUGUCUGGUAAGAUUAAGCGACAUAUUGAAUUUCCACAAAUGCUGGAUAUUGCAAUUGGGAUGAGUAAAAAUUGCGAUGAUUUGCAUCGAAAACGAACAAAGUACGAAUUGCAUGCUGUCCUUGUCCAUGCUGGUUAUUCAACAGAUUGCGGACACUAUUUUGCAUUUGUCAAGGGUUCGUCCGGACAAUGGUACGAAAUGAACGAUGAUUCUGUACGAUGGGUUCGUCUGGAGACGGUGUUGCAACAAAAAGCGUACAUGCUCUUCUAUUCGAGGGUGUUGCCUAUGUCAGAGCGUAUCAAGACAAAAGAGGAAAUUAAGGAAAACACUCAAUUGUCACGGCCGAAGACAAGCCAGAAUGUUGUACUCAAGACAGAUGUGCGUACAGUCACGGAGCUAGACAUGAAGGGAUUUCUUGCGAGUCUUAAGACACCAGUGGUUCCGUCCACUCCUGCAACUGAUAGAGCGUUGGUCACGUCGGAUACCAUUUGCAACACGCAACAGGAAACAGUUGAGACGUUUAGGGUAAGUCAAGUCGAAAGUGGGCGAAAUGAUGAUGCUGAGCGAAAUCAGUACUUUAUAUCACCCAGUUUUACCGGUCGUCUAGGGCGAAUUUCUCGAUUUCACCCUGCAUUGUGGACCAAAUGUCCGCAACUUGGGAUGAAUCAUAGUGUUGCCGAGAUGUCGGAUGCCACAAAUGUGACACCAAGUGAAAUGUCUGCACCUUCAGUUGCCACUCCUGUUGCACCAAUCAAAAUGUCUUCAUGUUCUCGGGUACCAUUUGAUCCACAACAUUUGAAAAAUGUUGGUGUACGUAGUGCGGCAUUGUUUGGGCGUACGGUGGACAAGUGGACGGGUGAGACGGACGUUGAAUCUUCUGAAACGACAAGUGACGAAGCAGUGGACAAGACAUUAGCCGUGCAACAUGAUCGUGUACUCAACGCAUUAAAGCAAGAGGAAUGGAAACAGCGUAAUACUCGUCGACUGGACUAUUGGAACGAAACUUUAGAUGUUGGCAAGAUGAAAAAGGUGAAAAAACGGAAAGAAUUUGUGCCGAAUCAAGGUCGUGCGAAUGUGUUUCAAAAGACUUUAAUGCGUCAGAAAGAUGAGGUGAAGCGACAACGAACAGUCUAG